UGAAUUGUAAAAUGGGCGUUUAAAAGGACCUGAGAAUCAGAACCUUUACCUUCUCUCCAUAUAUAUAUAUAUAUAUAUACCCACUCACCUUCUUCGCUAAUGCCUUACUUUUUCACGGCACAGAACGGCGAAUUUCAAGAAAAUUUGACUUUCAAAGUUGAAUCAUGAAGUAACAUGCUGACGUUGUCGUUGGUCUGACUGAUAGCUGCCUGCCUACGUAUUGUAUGCUGUGUUUGUAAGUAAGCAUGGGUUCCGCUUGCUGUGUUGCUGCCAAAGAUAGAGCUGUUAUUAACGGAUCAAGCUGUGGAGAUUUGCAGACGAAUAUCCGCCACUCGCCUACAUGGAGCUUUCGGUGGGAUAAUCGGGGCCGAGUGGCUGGGGAGGACACGUCAGUGAAUUGGUCUUCUGAUGGAAUUGGUGGCAAUGAAGGAUUAGAAUUUAAAUCUGGAACAACCGUGGGAACAGUAUAUGCAUCUGAAGAGGGUAGUCCAUUGAAUAGUUUCAGAUCACUUGCAUGGCAGAAGUCACCAGUUUCUGAUGGAAAUAAUCGGAACUUUUCACUUCCUUUAUUGGAUCCCUUGGCUGAGAGGAAUUCCACUGAGGUUAAAGAACUAGCUGGUUCAUCAGCACUUUCAUUCCCCUCUCCUGUAAAGCUAUCUCCAUCUGCUCCCUCCGUUUCAUCUUUAUCCACAUCUCCUUUAUCAUCGCGUAGCCCGCUGCUUCCUUCUAGCUCUACUCCUUGUUUUCCUCACCAUUCUUCAAAGCACCGUCUGGGACGGCAAUUUCCUGAUAGCCGUGUACCAGGGCUGAAGUCACCUAGAUUUUCAAUUUCCGAAGAAUCAUCUUCCUUUGUGCUCCCUGGUUGGGGUAAUGAAUCAACUAGGGGCUCUCAUGGUGGAUCAUCAGAUGGUUGGUCAGUUCCUGCCUUUGCUGACCUGGCAAAUCAUCGUAGAGACAGGUGGUCAUUUGAUAGUGAAUCCUUUGGGUUCCAUCGUGAAAGGGCUGCUAGCCGAAGUUCUGGUUCAUCUUCGUUUGAUCUCCAAACCUGUGGCAUAUGUGCGAAGCUAUUGAAUGAACUUGUUGUUGCUGUUCUAGUUUGCGGCCAUGUUUUCCAUGCUGAGUGCUUGGAGAAUAUGACAUCUGAAAUCAACAAGUAUGACCCAGCUUGUCCUGUUUGUACUUUUGGGGAGAAGCAGGCAUUGAAGAUAUACGAAAAAGCAAAAGCUAAGAUGGAUCUGAAAGCUAGAAAGAGAUUCCGGAACCGGAUUGUUGACAGUGAUAUUAGUGCCAAUCUUGCUCGGUUUGAGCGUCAGAAAAGUAGUGCUCAUGACGGAGGGUGUCCCAGGAUAAGCUCCAGUUCCAGUAUGAAGAGCUCUUCAAAGAAGCCCUUCUUACGGCAUUAUUUCUCCUUUGGUUCAAAGGGGUCAAGAUCUUACUCUGAGAGUCUUUCAACUCGUAAAAGGGGGUAUUUCUGGAGAAAAUCUAACAAGGAGUAGUUUUCUUUAUGGACAUAAAACAUGACAUGGGUAAGCUCUCUCAGCUACCUUUUUGGAUAGCAGAGAGUCGUGGAGGACAGUCAUGUUCUUGAUGGUGGAAAUGCAUUCACAGGCAGUUUUAGGAUACUUUCUGAAGUAUACACUGUAAAAAAAGGGGAACAAUACAAGUUGGAUGAUUAAUUUGUUAUAUAGGAAAGGAGAAGAGUGCAAAUUUGAAAGUAGAAGUUCUUUCAGUGUAUGUUCUCUUGGGUUUCUUUCAUGUCAAGGCCAUGAAAAAUUGUCCUGAAGAUUUUAUAUGCUUAAAAGUGCUCAUCUCAAUUCUCCAUACAGGAGCAGAUAUUGGUGUUCUACUCCUGCCUAACGGCGGUAGUAUAGUAGUAUCAGCCCUUAGAUAAGGGAUCUAUGUAUUCUUUUUGUAUUU